AAGGCGAAUUGAAUACAUUCUAUCAUUUUUGACAAAUAACAAAAAAAAAGAAUAUAUUUUCCAAAAUCAUUGCUCCGCGUAUUACUGUAAACAUUUAAAAGCAUUGUUAUAGAGUCGUUCGCUUGUUUCGAUUACCAAUGAAAAAUAUAUUUUAACAACAGUUAUGGCUGCGGCGACAGUGCAAAGAUUUCACUGUGGCGAAGUAUUUAUUACGUCCAAUUUUAGUAUGAUUCUUGAGUGCAAAUCGUGCAAUGAACAGUUCGGAGUUUAUACUAAAUUUCUGGAUCAUAUAUUUGAAAAACACUUUGAUGAUUGGAAUUCAGCCGAAAAAUCAAAGAGCGGCUCUAAGCAACGCGCCUCUGAGCCAGAGCAAAAUAAUGGUGAGCUUCCAAAAGAUAACCAAUACGUAGAAAUCGAUUCGACAACAUUGAAAGAUUUUCCGUAUGGAACUGACGAACAGGAUUUGAUAACAGAUGUGCUAGUGCCAAUGGAAGAUGAUGCAGUGGUGUUAGAGGAUAUAAUCGAGGAGGAGCCUUCCAAAAUUUCAAAUCCCAAUAUACGAACAUUGCGAACAUGUUCGACUACUUCGAAAGGAGGCGAUGCCGAUCGGAAAUACAAGUGUAGAAUAUGCGGCUUUGCAGUUUCUGGACUUCAUAAUUUGCCUGGCCACGAACAACGUCACAAUAUUAUAAAGCCCUUCACCUGCCUAAAAUGCGAUAAAGCUUUCUAUACGCGUACGGAAUUGAACACGCAUACAAGGCGGCACAACGGCGAAAAGCCUUUUGUUUGUACAUAUUGUGGCAAGGGUUUUAUAACUGCUGGAACAUUAACUAUGCACGAAAAACGGCAUAUUGGAAAGCGACAACAUAAAUGUGAUCAAUGUGAAAAGAGUUUUUUCGAUGCCUAUCAGCUACGACAACAUGCUGUUGUACAUACACAGGAACGUAAUUACUCAUGUGAAAAGUGUCAAGCCAAGUUUAGUCGGCAGAAAACAUUGCGAACUCAUAUGAAACUGCAUGAAAACAAAUUAGGAUAUGAAUGCAUCAUUUGUCAUAUGCGUUUUAAUCAAAGGCCCACGAUGUUAUGGCAUGUGAAGAAUAAGCAUAAUGUUCUCCGCGAAGAAAUCGAAGACAAAAGCUCUGCCCAGACCAAUGAUCCCAUCGGAGGUGACUGUGAAUCGACUUAAUUAUUUAUUACAUGUAACAUUGAAAAAAUUCAUUGCAGAUGCGCAAAUAUUCAUAGCAUUUACUGUUUAGCAUUCUUCAUAAAUACACUGUACCAAAUAAUUCCUUAAAAUUUGAAA